UUCAGAAACUUUAUGCAAAAGCGAUCUAUGAUAACUUUGCUGACUCGCCGGAUGAGUUGGCCUUCAAAAAAGGCGAUGUCCUCACAGUCAUAGAGCAGGACACCGAUGGCUUGGAAGGCUGGUGGCUAUGUUCGUUGCGUGGACGCGAGGUCAUAACUCCCCAGCGUCACGGUGAUGUUUAUAUCUACAACUGGCCGGCAGCAGCUUCUUCAUCUUCAGUCAGUCAUCGGCACAGUCAGCCACACCAGCCACAUCAAUACCAUCAUCAGAGUCACCCACAUUCACAGUCUCAGCAGCUUUACAGCAACCAAAGUAUAUACCAGAACAUAUCCAUGAUGUCGGCGGCGGCCGCAAACGGCAGCGGAAAUGGCAGCGAGUUCGAAACUUACGAUACACCAAAGCCGGCCACCCCAGUCAAUUACGAUUGCCCCAAGAACGUGUGUCGCACACCAACGCAACUGCGCUUCGGCGAUAAUAUGCCGCUAAACAUGAAAGUCUGCUCGACGCCUAUUCAAGAAGAGUCCUACGACGUGCCUCGUCCACUGCAGACGCUCGUCCAGCAUCAAAGUACACUGACGCCUAGCAGCUCGAAUUCAUCGCUGCUUACCAGUGACAGUCUGAGCCUAUCAUUUUCAUCGUCGAAUCGUUCAUCGCUGGCGAAUAUGCCCGACUACGAUGUGCCGCGUCGUAAUCCGCUGCCGGUUCGUGCGGUUCAACAACAACAGCAACUACUGCUUCAGCAAAGGCAGCAGUCGGUGCAGUUUAUCAAUGGCAACUGCUCAACCUACGACUUUCCACUGCCGUCAAAUCUUUCCACACCGGUUGCGGAGAAGUCCUCGCCCAACGCUACGCUGCUGGCAGCAGCCGCUUCGAAGGAGUUGCCAUUGGAGUUAUCCUCAGCGCUGCACACCCUCGAUAAGCUACAAUUCGAAGCAACAACAGCAAUAACAAAGUUGCUGUCUUUUGUCACGCCGAAUUGGCGUCUACGCGAGAAACUUGAACCGGUAUUGAUGGAUGUUAAAUUAACCGCUGUUCGCUUGCGCACCGCUCUACAUGACCUCAGCGAAUUCGGUGAAGGCGCACUGGGCAACGCUACCCGCUCGGAGGAUCGCAACUUGGCGCUCAAAUUGAGGCCACAUGUGCGGGCCCUGCGUGAUGCUGACAAACUGAUACACGACACCACCGAGGCACUGGACGCACAAAGCUGGGCAAUCGAGCAACUUACGCGCAACGACGAGAAGUUCAAGACCUUCUGCAAACCGCCCGACAGCCUUGACCAGCUCAUUGCAUGCGCGCAAACCCUCACUGAGGAUGUACGGCAAACAACCUCCUUCAUACACGGCAACGGCUCACUGCUAUUCAAACACAGUCUGAGCGAGGGUGGCGAGGAAGAGGCGGACAGCACGAAGGCUGAAAGCGCUGCGGAAGACCAAAAUACACCAAAGCGAGGCAGUUCAGAGUGGGUGGAAGACUACGAUUACGUUUCUUUUGAGUCCAAAGAUGCCGCAGCGAAGAAGAACUCGGCUUUGCGUGAGGCAAUACCGGCAAAUUUGAAAAAGAAUUUCGACACGGUCAUCAAAGCAGCCGAGACAACGGUUAUGGCCGCUUCCAAUGUGAUGACAACACCGGUAAACAACAACAACGCAAACGCAAAGAAACAGGAGCUCACGCAGAAGGACAAAAAGUUGGUCUGCUAUUACGCGGUGCAAAUAUCCACACACAUGGGCAACUUGCAGCAAGCGAUCGACUCUUUUCUGGAAACUGUCGAGAAGAAUCAGCCGCCGAAAUUUUUCAUUGCCUACGGCAAGUUUGUGGUGGUGAGCGCGCACAACCUGGUUACCAUUGGCGACAUUGUGCACCGCAACGUCUCUAAGCCGGAACUGCGCGAGAAGAUUUUGCGCUACACAGACGCGCUGUCCGAGGCGCUGAAAACGUGCGUGCAAAAGUCAAAGAAGGCCGCAGCGCAAUUCCCCAGCGUCACAGCUGUGCAGGAAAUGGUUGACUCCGUGGUGGACAUCAGCCACUUGGCGGCCGACCUGAAGGUGGCCAUGUUGCAAGCCGUACAGCUAAGUCUAUAAAUGGGCUGGACACGAAUUGUGUUGCAUACUGCUAGCCUACACACAUCGGUAUACAUACAUACAUACAUAUGUAUGCCACUAUAUACUGCAUAUUAUGGAAGGACCGCAAAGCAACACAAAUUUUUGGCAUUUGUUUUUGUCAAAGGCUUCAAAAGUCUUCCACCCCUUAGAGCAGAAAUCCGAGAGCUAAUUAAAACUUAAAAGCGCUGUUAAAUAAAUAAAUGAGCUUCAAUGCUUUUUGCUUCCAGCAAUAAAAUAUUGUCCAAAAUAUUACGCACAGUGGAGCUAAGGGACUCGUAUCUAAAGGAAAUUUAAGCACAUAAGAAAACUUACAUAAUCAACUGGCGCUGACUGCUCGGCACAAUGCCGGAAACGAAAACGCCAAAUUCCUGUCGUUUAUAGAGAGAUGAUUAAACGGUAUUGCAAUAAUGGGAAACGAUUGGGCAACUAAUUAGCAAACGAUUUUCCGAAUAAGUUGUGUUAAGUGCCCGACCACGGUGAGCCGACGAAGCACUUGCACAUACAUAUGUAUUAGGAGUAGCGUACGCUCUACUGUGGACACACAAAUGUGUAUGUAUGUAAUUAGUAAAGUUAAUUUAAAUAUAAUUUUAAAUGUGAUAUUUUAAGCGAACAGUGUUUAAGCAAUUAUUACAUAAAUCGCAAAUUUCUACAACAAAUGUGUUUAGAUGCAAAAAGAUGCACUUAUACAUAUACUAUAUGUACAUUAGUAUAUAGAUAUUCGUGUGUAUUUAAAGUCUAAUUUAUUUUACUUUCUUGUAAAUAUUUCGUUAUCAAUGCAGCAUAUCGCCCUAAUACGAGUUGUAUUCACUUUAAACCCCACUAUAGUAUAUUAAAUUUCUUAUCUUUAUUUUAAAUUAUCGUUUAAUGUUUAAGUUAUUUGUAGAAAAAGUCCGUGGAAGCAAUUGCAUACAGAAGUAUGCUAUGAGACUUUUUUUUUUUUAUUUCACUGCAGAAUCGCUAUAAACAGUGGCAGUCAUACAUUUCGACAUAGUCAAAAAUCUUAAAGAUUAACAAAAAACAAGCAUUUAUUACAACGCUUUUAUUUUUAUGUAAAUUAUUGCAUUACUAUACUUACAUAUAUCGUAAAUUGUAUGUAUUCCUAUGCUAGCAGAGAAAUUAAAACGAUACAAGUGGGCAUGGUAUCCUAUUGUACCUCUUAUACGAACGAGGAAAUUAUGAAAUUCAAUAAAAUUUAAUAUAGAAAAUAAA